GUUUAGCGGCCGUGUAAACAAUGACGGUUUCAUCACCGUCGCCGCUGCAGGUGCAGCAGCAAGCCGUCGCCGUCACCGCGGUCACCGUCGUCGCGACCGCGACCGCGGCGUUCCGGCUGUCGCUGGUGAUGUUGCUGCUGUUGGACGUCGGCACCGCGUCCGCGUCUAUAUGCAAGUCCGGGCUGUGCACCCGCGAACAGUAUUGCUGCGGCGACGGCAAGUGUUGCGACAACGUGUACAGCCUCUGGUACUUGUGUGGAGGUGUAGCCGUUAUGCUGUUUGUCGUCGGUUCGUUUUGUCCGAUCAUCAGACAGUGCUGUUGUUUCCGGACCCCGGUGAUCGUCAAGUACGUCCCGGUGCCCACGUCGCCGACUAAAUUCAAAUAUUCUGAUCGUGAAAAAUGCACCAGAGUGGACGUGACGCUACCCAUGCCGCCUCAAGCCACCACGUUGGACGUCACCAACUGCAUUUAACACACAGACACAACACUACUAAUAACACAGUAUCUACACGUCAUAUAUUGUAAUAAAUAUUAAUAAUACUAUAGUUAUUCACGAUAAUCGCCGCGAUGUAGGUACAUAUAAGCAGCAGUCAUGUGGAUUAACAUCGCCCCUCCUCCCUCCGCCACAACCGGCAGAAAGUCAUGUCUAGGGCAUUAAGGCGUGUACCGGGAUUAAACGUUGACGACGUAAUAAUAUAUUAUGUGCUUAACUAUUAAUAAUACAUUAUUUACCUGGGUUACGCGUGAUGUGUGAACACAAUGGCGUAGAAGUUAGAAUACGUCUGUUCUCGAAAUCCUGCAUGUACGAAGUCUCUGUCGUAAGAUUUUCUAUAACUACCUAUCAUAAAACAUAGUUUAACCGACGACUGAAGCAGCGAGUCAUUACUAUCUACACACUUAUCAAUACACACGCAAACACCCUGUUUGUAUAGACAGACAUUUUAAGUAUAAGUACACCCAAAUCAGUCGAUAUCUCUGUGUGUAGAUAGGUACAUAUGCAAAUUAUGCCAUCGUCACGUCUUACAAGUGCAAUUUCAAACGCCGUAGUUUAUAAUAUUAUGUUGUUUAACGACUGUCUAAACUUUGAAUGUACUGAGUAGUACAAUAAGAUUUUACUGGUUGUCCUCUGCUAUACCACCCGCCGCCUCGUGCUCUACUAUAACACAAUACGACCGCGCUUUAAUUUAAUUUAAAUAUUAUAUUUGGUAGAUACUAAAAAGCGACUUCUGAAAUUCUAAUAGCACCUGUGCGUAUGUCGUUAAAAAGUAAAAACGAAUAGUCGAUAAUUGUAUUUUAGAACUCGACACAAAUUUAGAAUAAUAAUAUCUAAUAAUAAUUCAAAAGCGGUCAUAGAAAAUAGCUUCAACGUGAUAAUAAUAUAACUGAAGGGUUGAGUGAAUACAAAGUUUUCGUGUGACAUUACCAUAGAUAGGUUUUUUUUCUAACUUUUCACAUCUUUGUCAGUAUGUCGCGUGGCGACACGCGUAGUGUAAUGAUAUCGGCUUUAUCUGCAACGCGUAUCUAUAUCUCUAAAAAUUAUAAUUCAAAUGACUUAAAACUGUAACACGCAUGUUAACACAUUCACCUUCGGUUCUCUAUGCCAAAUGAGUACAAUAACCCUGCUAACCAACAUUUUACGUUUGUUUUCAAUUCAAUUACCGUAACUUUUUUUAAUUAAUACCAAACAAGGUAAAUGGUUAUACACGACCUACAUUAUAGUACGUGUGUGAAUAAAUGAUGUCUCACGUGAACGAAAUGUAGACCGCACUAAUUUAAUAAUAAUAAUAUAUUAAAUCUCCGUCCAAUUGUGUAUAAUUUAAAUACGUAUAUUGUUAUUAUUAUUAUUAUUAUUAUUUUGUAUAACUAUAGUAUCAGCUAGUCAAUCGUGUAACUAUACUAACACACUACACACACACGCAACGCCGAGUCUUAUUAAUUGUAUUUCGUGUACGAGAUGAUUCCCCGAGUAUACCUAGUCUCCCUAAUUUUUUUUUCAUUUAACAAUGCGAAUUUAAUCAAAUCUGAGUUUUUAAAGUCUUUAAGUAUACCUACCUACUUAAGGUCCGGCUAUAUUUUCCAUUUAUUUUUUAUUUUUGUCCAAUUUUAUGAGAGACCUGUAGUAAUUUAAGAUUAUUUGUUUCAAAUGAGAAUCCAAAAAUAGGAAUUCUCUACUCUAUCAUCACAUAAGUCUCCUUGAGUAUAGAUAAAAAUUCCAAAAAUCAAAAAUUGAAUAAAUUUGUUGCUACAGAAAAAUUGGGGCGAUCGCUGAAAAUGUUUCAAUUGCCGUACAACAUACGGGAGGUCUUAAAAAUAAAUAUAAUGCGCACGAAUUGUCAUUUUAUACGAAUCAAAAACCAACGACGAAUGUCGAGUCGACCGAAUUUUGUUAAUGACUAUUUAAGGCGCGGGUAAUAACGUGAGCUAUGAUGACUGACGAUCGGUCGUUUAAAAAUAAUUUUGUUCUGGUCAUAAGACCGAAUUUAUCGUAUUUCAGUUUGUUUUAACGAAAAGUUAUUUGUUUUCCUUUUUAAAAUACUUUUUACUCUUUUUCCGAGUACUAUUAACCUCGAGCGUGUGCGUACCGCGGGGCGUUUGUGUUGAGUUAACUGCACUUUUGUAAAAAGUAACAAGACACCGGUAACAACCUGCUUUCUGUUCCAGUAGAUAGGUACUCGUUAUUACCGCGGUCAGUCGUUCGAGAAUAAGCCGACCACUUUAGAAUUGUAAAAUGUAAAUCCUGCGGGGUCUUGUCAAUUAAUUAUCGUUUGGUACGGUACUCGCCAUCGUGGUCAUUAAAAUAAGGAUAAUCAUUUAACCUUUUGCCAUGGACAUCAACAUGUUUUAAUAAUCGUUUGAUGAUGAUUUUUGGUAACCGGAAACCGAAAAAUAUCCCCGUCACGCACGUCAAGUCUUGGCGUGACAUAUACGAUUCGGCGUUUGGUGAAUCAUCUCGUAUACGCCGCGAUUAUAACUGUUUAACGUAUUUUUGUUUAUUUGUGUUUGGCACAACGUGCCUAGUACUUCCUACUCAAUCACUUGCCGAAAAUGUAGUGUUCAAAAAAGUGGAUAAAGGUCCUACUUAUACUACGACCUGCCCAUGAAAUUAUGACAUUCGAUAUGAAUACGACAGCAGACGGUAUAUCGAUUGUUAACAUAAUAUUAUAUUAAAUAUAGUAGUGGGUCAGUCACGAACAUAAUAUAUUAAAUAUAAGUAUUGUAAAUUAUGUAAUAUUGCAUAACAAUGCCUGCUUACUCCAGUACUGCGAUGCGUCCUGUUUGAUUUUCUAAUGCCUGUGUAGACAUUUUCAAAUGGAUCGUUAGUAUUGAUGUGACUACGGUCAACACGCUGCAAUGAAGAGGGGGGGGGGGUUAUACACGACCCCUACAAAAAAUUAAUACGUACAGCGUGUAACACUAAUCUGUUUAUAUAAAAAAUUUACGUCAAGCCUUUAAAAAACUGAAAAAAAAAGUUUGAGGGGGCUAAACCGUUUCUGGUAAUAGAUCUGCAGUUGAUUAUAUUCAUUUAUUUAUUUGUACACCAGCAUACUAUAAUAUAUAUACAAACCUAAGUAUUUGACUUAUCUAAAAAGGCUUACAAGACGUGUGUUUACUUUAACAAUUUGUCAAUUUUCGGCGUAUCUUGUAAAAAUAUUUAGUGUAAUUAACAAUUUAGUGUUAACAUUUGUAACAAUCAAUUUUUUUUAUCAUAAUACGGCUUUCUCUGGGAAAAUAAUACAAAUAUUUUUAACGAAAUCAAUAAAUAAUAUACAAUCAUUUUAACAUGGGUAGUAGCGGGAUAGAUUAGGGAGUAUAAUAGAGCUGGUCUUUUCGAUAUGACCGUAUUAACUGAGCAUUUAAAUGCCAUGAUUAUUUUUCUCAAAUUCUUUGUGUCAAAAUGCCUAUAUCGUUCAACCUCAUACGUUUUAGUGUAUGAGUUUGACAUGUUAAGAAUAAUAAUUAGUAGAAAAUUACCUAAUUAUCAUUUAAGGGUUAUGUUAAAUUACAUAAAUAAGUAUAAGAAAAGUAUCAGUAUUAAAAGUUAUAACAUUAUAUGGCUGAAUUACCUAAUUUGUGAAAGAUAUAUUUUUUAAUGUAAUUGUAAGACUUAAUUAAUGGUUUAUAUAAAUCAUAUAAUAUAAUAACUGUUACCUAUGUAUACUAGUUUAAG